ACGAGCAUGUCAUUUUUAGUGUUCAGAUGUUGGCACAAAAGUUGACAAAAGCAAAUCGCGAUUGUAGCCCGCGGAUAUCGGUUAUUACAAAAAUUUCAUCUGAUUCCAACUUAAACGGUAGCUGUUCUGGAAAAUCAUUGUAAGAUGGCAGGAUCAAGAAGGAGCAGAUCUGCUGUUAACCCUCCGAAGAAGAAGCCCAAGCGUGAAGAGGAACUGCCUGACUUUGUCUUAGUAUUGUACUUGUCUGACAAAACUACUGGAGUUGUAACAAGAUUUAGUGUGGUUCUGAAGAAUGUAGAAAAGGGCUUCAUUAAAGGAGCUUUGUGCCACUCGCCUCUUCCUAUUGAGCUGGAUAUGCUGCAAAAGGGGCCUCUACACGAUGCGAAAAUUGUUGAAUUGGGAUAUGACACUGAUUAUUUGCAAAAUUUGGUAGUUGACAUAACUGGAAAGGUAUUGGAAGAUAUUGAUGAGAACAAAGAAAAUGCUCUUGCAUUACGUAAGAGAUCUGUAAAAGCAGCAGAAACAGCUUCGAAGCGGAAGGUGCUGACCGACAUUGACAAUAGUUUACUCAAUCUUUCAACUGCCCUGCCCCUCACACCGAAGGUUUCCUCUCCAGUUUUAAUGCGAAUCUCUCCGGGUGGUGACUUAUCUUCUCCUAAUACAACCCAAGCAACUGUGAGUGGUCAGCCAGUCUCAAAUUUUAGUAGCCCUAAGCAAAAUGCACCUGGAUCUCCAAAUCUGCCUUUUUCAACAAUGGGCAGCCCUAAAGUGUCACUUUCAAAUGACACUCCAGCUUCCUCAGUGCCUGCUGGACCAAAUCCUUCAUCCAUUCCUCAAACUUCCUCCUUUCAAGCUCCUCUCAGCUUCUCUCCGGCAACCUCAAUGCCUGGAUCUUCAUCCACUUUUGAAAUUCCAAAGAAAGCUCCUUUCACCUUCUCAUUUCCUCCGGCAACCUCAAUGCCUGGACCAUCAUCCACUUUUGGAAUUACAAAGGAUAGUCAUUUUAACCCCUUAUUCACUUCAGCGACCUCAGUACCUAGACCGAAUCCCUCCUCCAUUCCUGGAACUUCAAAACAGACUUGUUUUAAGGUUUUAUCGAGUGUCGAACAUAUGCAAUGUUUAAGUGAUGAGCAUUGCCCAUUUCUGAAAGUUAUGCAACAAGCAACUCCAGAAAAUUUGACUUUCUUGGAUAAUUUGUAUCAAGCAUUAUUAGUACACAAUGGAUGUGCGGAGUCUGAAAGAAAGAAACCAUUCAAACAACCAGCACCUAAACCAACUCCCCUGGUAUUAACUGAUUUGAAGUGCCUACAGCAAGGCGAAUUGAUGUUCCCAUUAGUUCAAACUAUACCAGUGUAUCUACCAAAGAAAGACAUCUGCAGCAUUCCAGGAGUAGCAUUAAAAACCCCCGAAGAAAAGGGAAAGAAAACACGUACUGAUAGAAGCAAACUGUACCCCCGAGGAUUAGCCACCUAUCUUUUGGAUAAGCUUAUCCCUAUUGAUAUUCUAAAACAUAUCCAGUAUUCACAGAUACCAAAAGACAUUCCUUUGGCAAUAAGAUGUUACCUUAACUUCAAGCUCCCUGAAGAACACAGGAUUGUAGAAUCUGUUAUGACAACAUAUUUAAGUGAUCACCUACGGAAUGUAAAGAGGGAUAGAACAAAUGAGAAAACCAGAAAAGAACAAGUGGCAAAGAGAGAGUACAAUAAGAUGAAGAGAGAGGAAGAGGAAGAGUCCGAAGAUGGCAGUGACUCUGAAGUUGAAGAGGGAGCUUAG